UGAAUACCAACCUUUACGACACCAUUUCAUCGACCACGAUGAAGUUCCCAGCCACCGUUAAAGUUGUCUGUCUCCUGGCGGGGAUAGCUGUAACCUUUUACGGAGUAGAGGCAAAUCGAUGCCCGUCCGACUGUAAACACGGUACUACUACAGUGUUACAGAGGAUACACAAGGACUGUAGACGAUUUUUUAUUUUUCGGUCGAGGUGCACAAAAGUUGUAUCUGUAUGCGUGUGUGCUACCCCCACCACUACAACUUCAACAAGUACCGCUCAAACCACAACAACUACGAUGACAACUACUUCAGGUCCAACAGCCAAACCAACAACAAGAAGGAAAACCAUGCCAACCAAGCCUCCUGCAACAAGGAAAACCAUGACAACCAAGCCUCCUGCAACAAGGAAAACAAUGACAACCAAGCCUCCUGCAACAAGGAAAACCAUGACAACUAAGCCUCCUGCAACAAGGAAAACCAUGCCGACCAUAACAAGCAAGACGGGCACUAUAAAAACACUGAACACUGACGCCCUCUCUGUUAUUUGCAAUAACAGACCCAAAGACGAGUUUUACUUUCCAUAUCCGACAGAUGCGUCUAAGUUCGUACAGUGUGGCGCGUACGGAAGAGCCUACUUGAUGUCCUGUACUCCUUUGACGGUUUGGAAUGAUGCCAUUAAAGUUUGUGACACAAAGCGAGUUUUGUAGACGACAUUUCGCCCGAUUGGCAUAUUUUUCAUAUAAUGAAAUAUAGUAAAAUUGCUAUAAAUAUUUAUAAAGUAUCUCAUUAUUCCUUAAGCCUGAUCGUAUUCGCAGAUUGAAAUGUUCACCGAUUUAAACUGAAGUGAGCAAAUCUUCUAAGUCAAAGCAUUUCAGAGAUGGUAACAGAUUACAAGGUCUGUAAUUCUAAAAAAGAACAAUUGCUAUAAAUACGAAAUUAAGGAGCGCCUAUUUAAAAUUUAAUUCGUCGAUCCAGAAAGUCGAAUAAAGUUAGGAAUCAAAGCUUGAAAUCCAAAAUAGAAACCGAACACAAUUGUGUAUUUAUUACCGUCCAAAACAUACGAUUUGCAUGAAAAGAAUGUGGAUUUGUCUAACAAUGAGAUCCCUGUCUACAAACACUUCAUUAAACUGCGUGCGGAUAGAUCUGAGCCUGUUUAUUGACCAAUGAAACCAUGGAAAUAUCUAUAGGUGUGUAACUUUUCGAAACACUUCAUACUUGCAUACCAUGUUUCUGUGUUGUAAUCUUUACGAAUACCAGUUAACAGUAAGAAUACGGUUGUGCCUUGUUUGUUAAUAACGAUUUAUCGCUGGCUUUGCUAGUUGCACAAAUAGAACAUAAUUAAAACCUAUCAGUACAAGUAAAUCAGUGUUAUAGUUGUAUUGUACACCCAGAGAAGGGAAAGUAAUGACAUGUGGAUUUUGAGUAAAUCAAAAGAUCUUUAGAUCAAUGGCGUACAUCCUUUCUUGAACAAGUUUCCCAGAUCGGUAUAUAUGACUUCUUCACUCUGUUCACUACCAUAUCUCAUACCACAUUGAAGGAAGGUCUUCGUUCUCACAUCUUCAAAGUCAUUUUGUUUCACGAAAGACUCACUGAGUUACAAAUGUAUUAAAAUUGAAACUAGACUUGUCUCACAUCAAUGGAGGUAUGAAGCGGUAGCAUUUACUUAUACACCACAGCGACAGGUCAGUUUUCGCCGUGUCAAUUUUAUUGACCCUGAGAGCUGACAGAUUGAUACUCAACAGAUGAUUGAAUCAUAUGCCUAUCUUUUGCCAGGUCAGUUAAGUUGCUCUUACAGCUGGCACGGCAAAAACUUAGUGAAAAAUAGUUAUUAAAACCUCUUGUUUCUUGUUUCAAUCUAAAUUCUAAGGUUGAUUUUUACCCUUCUUUAAUUACAAAUGUUUGGAGCGUUAUCUCAAUAUGCGAACGAAGUGACGCAUUGUAUUUCCAUCACACCUUUGUUUUUGGUUUGGGGGUUUUGAAUGGACUUUUUUUCAUAAAAUAAUUUCAUAAU